AUGGAUGAAACGAUCGACCAAUCCAUCGACGCCGUCUUCGGUGAUCGUGUUAGAAGGUUUCAAGAGUUCUUAGACCAGAACCCAGAAAAUGGUAUUAAUCGCAGAUCGGCCAUUAAAGACAUGCUCAUGAAGGGCAAGUUCAGAUUGUCUGUCCUGCUUGACGAAGUUCGUGAGUUUGAUGCUGAGUUCUGGAGAGGUCUUUUGGACUCUCCAGUGGACUACUUGCCAGCUUGUGAACGUGCUUUGAGAGACACGGUGUUGACGAUUUACGACCCUAACGAUAACAGGUACGACGAACUUGAAGACAACCAGCAGUUCUACGUUUCGUUCAAAGGUGCUUUUGGUGGAAACCAUGUUACUCCUCGUACCAUCUCGUCUGAUUACCUUUCCAAGAUGGUGUCUAUUGAAGGUAUUGUUACCAGAGCCUCUUUGGUCAGACCCAAGGUGAUCAGAUCUGUUCAUUAUUCUGAAAAGGGUGCUAGAUUCUAUGCAAAGACUUAUAAGGAUAGCACGACUUCUUUCGAUGCUAUUUCAACUCCUGCUGUGUAUCCUUUGGAAGAUCCAGAAGGAAAUAAGUUGACGCCAGAGUAUGGUUUUUCCACCUACAGAGAUCAUCAAAAGAUUUCUGUUCAAGAGAUGCCUGAAUCUGCCCCUGCUGGUCAGUUGCCCAGAUCUGUGGAUAUUGUUGUCGAUGACGACUUGGUUGACACUACUAAACCUGGUGACAGAGUGCAAAUUGUUGGUGUUUACAGAGCCUUGGGCGGUGCAUCCAACAACUCUUCCUCUUUCAAGACUGUGAUUUUAGCUAAUGCCGUUUACCCGCUCCAUGCUAGAUCCACUGGUGUUGCAGCUCACGAGAAACUUACUGACCAAGAUGUCAGAGAUAUCAACAAAAUGGCAAAGGAGAAGAACAUCUUUGAUAUCUUGUCCAACUCUCUUGCUCCUUCUAUCUACGGCCUCGACUAUAUCAAGAAAGCUGUGUUGCUUAUGAUGUUUGGAGGUAGCGAGAAGAACUUGAGUAAUGGUACACACUUGAGAGGAGACAUCAACAUUCUUAUGGUGGGUGACCCAUCGACAGCUAAAUCGCAAAUGUUGAGGUUUGUUCUUAACACAGCUUCAUUGGCUAUUGCCACAACUGGUAGAGGUUCUUCCGGUGUUGGUUUGACUGCUGCUGUUACGUCUGAUAAAGAAACAGGUGAAAGACGUUUGGAAGCAGGUGCCAUGGUCUUGGCUGAUAGAGGUGUUGUCUGUAUUGAUGAGUUCGACAAAAUGUCAGACACUGACCGUGUGGCUAUCCACGAAGUUAUGGAACAGCAAACCGUCACCAUCGCUAAAGCUGGUAUUCACACCACUCUUAAUGCUAGAUGUUCUGUUAUUGCCGCUGCAAACCCUGUCUUUGGUCAAUACGAUGUCCACAAAGAUCCACACAAGAACAUUGCUUUGCCUGACUCCCUUUUGUCUCGUUUCGAUUUGCUCUUCAUUGUUACUGAUGACGUGAACCAAGUGAAAGACAGAACUGUUUCCGAGCAUGUCUUGAGAAUGCACAGAUUCAUUUCCGCUGGUUUGGCUGAAGGUGAGCCAGUUAGAGAACGCAGUGUUGUCUCGUUGGCAGCAGGUGCCGAGCCUGUUGAUGAAAACUUGGACCAGCCAAUCUUUGAAAAGUUCAACUCCCUCCUACAUGCUGGUGUUGCUAGAAGCGGUGCCAGUGGUCAAACCCCAACACUUCUUUCUAUUCCUUUCUUGAAGAAGUACGUUCAGUACGCAAAGCAGAGAAUUAAGCCAAGAUUGACAGAGAGAGCCUCGCUGUACAUUGUUUCCGUCUACAAGGACUUGAGAAACAGUGAUACUGAUGUCCACAGAAGAACCGCUCCUGUGACUGCCAGAACAUUGGAAACUCUUAUUCGUCUUUCUACUGCUCACGCAAAGUUGCGUUUGUCGAAGUCCAUUGAUAUCAAGGAUGCCAAGGUUGCGGAAGAAUUACUUCGUUUCUCUCUUUUCAGAGAGUCCAACAAGAAGAAGCCUACCAAAAGAAGAAGAGCCGAACCAAGAUACGAUGAAAUGGAUGCAGACCUGGACGAGGAUGAGAUGGACAAUGAGCAAGAAUAUGCCGAGAGUGCUGUUCAGAAUGUGACCAGAGCUGCACCAGUAUCUGAAGCCACGACCCCAUCGUUAUCGCCAGAACCUCCUAUCAGGGAAUAUGACCCUCAACAGACAACCCCUGAACCAUCGCCACCUCUUCCUGCUGGUGUUGAAGAAAACCUCAGAAACAUGCAUCUCUCAAGGGGCCAGGCGCCACCAUUGUCAGAGACCUCGGCCAGUGCAGCUGGUCAAAAUGUUGCUGAGACCGAACGUAUUAGCAAUGAGAGAUAUUCCAAAUUCUUGGAAGUUAUGGCCCACCUUAUGGCUACGGACCUCUUUGAUGGGUCCGAAGCUACCUGCCCUGUGGAUACAGUCAUUGAAGAGAUCAAUGUUGGUUUGCAACAGGAAGAAGUGUUCAGUGUUCGUGAAAUCCACAAUGCGUUGGCAAGAAUGAACGACGAAAACAAGAUCGCACUUCUGGAGGGCAAGGUAUACAAGGUUUAA